AUGAGUCUUUCUAAAGCAACGGGAGGAUUAAUACUAUCCUUACUUUAUACAGAUGCUGAUCUCACAAUGAUUGCAGCAAUAAACAGCAUCUGGCCAACAAUAAAACAUCAUUUUUGUUUAUUUCAUUUUAGAAAAAACUUGGAAAAGCAUUUUCUUAACAAGUAUCAUGGUGAAAAAUGGAACAAAUUUUUUGCAGCUUUUUGUUAUACACGCAAUAAUCGAGUUGAAUCAAUUUUUGAAGAGAGAUGGGCUGCAUUGUUGCAGGAAUAUCCUGAUGCCACUAGUUAUUUGCAACGUUAUCUUUAUCCAUAUAAAGAGGCUUGGAUAUUGUAUUUUACACACUGUGCAUUUAAUGCUGAAAUACAAAAGUUUGAGCAUACAAUUGAGAGGUUAUUAGCAAAAGAGAGCAAAUUUAUAAAGUUAAAUGAAACUAUUGGUAAGCUUCCUGUAACUGUUAAAUCACCAAGAGGCAUGUUUUCUGAAGAUAUGUUUGAUGCAUGUGUAAUAGAACUCGCGCAGUUAAUUAUAGAUUUAGAUCUAACAAGAAUACGUGAACUUUGGCGUAUUUCUUCUAUUAAUAAAAAAAGCAAGCAUUUUAUUGUAUUAUAUGAUAACGCUAUGCAUCUGUGUACAUGCUUGAUAUUAAUUAAUCAUGGUCUUGUAUGUCGUCAUUUUUUUGCAACAAUGCUUGUUUCUUCAAUUGCUAAAUUUCAUAUUAGACUUUUACCACAGCAUUGGUAUACAAAUAUAUCAGUUAUAGAAGCAGAUUCAACACUUUCAAAUGUACUAGCAAUUUCAUUGUUAUCAAAUAAUGGAUUUAGUAUAGUAAAACAUGCAGUAGAACUGGAUUUCUCUUAUUUAGAAAGCAUCCGCAGAUGUCAUGUUUUUAUUAAGAAGAUUUACCAAGAAAUGACACGAAAACAACAAUGA